AUGAAGAAUUCAACUGAAGUGAAAUUUAUUUCAAACAGAAAAAAAAGGAGGAGUGGGAACAAGUGUAAACUUAUNGUCUUCAGUCUGCAGUUCGGACUCUGCAGGAGACCACACAGCUGCUUCAGUCCUGAACCCUGCAGGGCAGCAGCCUGCUCCUCUCAGAAUAAGGAGCUUCAGAGGACGGUGGAGCAGCUGGAGAAACACAACAUGUCUCUGCUGGAUCAACUCAGACAGUUGCAGUCCCUCAUCAAACACACGGUCAGCAAAGGAGCCCAGACCAGCACCUGCCUCCUGAUCAUCCUGGUCUCUCUGGGUCUCAUCAUCAUGCCAAGUUUCAGUCCGUUCACCCGCAGCUCAUCAGCAGACAACAACUACAGACCGACAGGAGUCAUUUCCAGGAACAUCCUGACGGAGCCGUCCUCCUCGGCAGACGCUCCGGCAGACGCUCCGGCAGACGCUCCGGCAGACGCUCCGGCUGUGCAGUCUGACUCCCAGCUCAGCCAAUCAGGAGCUCCGGAUGUCGUCUUUCGAGCACCAAAAGAAAACCUUGAAAUCUCAGGCGCUGAUGGGACGGUCCAGGACAGCAGCCAAUCGGGGAACAGCUCGGCUUUAGUUGCCAGGGAGACAGAGCCGUUGGCGCUCGAUGUGAAGGCGGCUGCAGGGAAAGAAAGCCGUGAUCCCACCAAACCUGCACACGCUGACGAGAUGUAGUCUGACUCAAAGGAACCGCGUUUACUUUCUGCCUGAGACUUCAAAACCUUCAAAACCUUCAAAACCUUCAUGUCUGGAGCUAAAAAUGGAGCUACUGCUUAUCUUAGCUUAUUUUAGCUUAGCUUAGUUUAUCUUAAUUUAGCUUAACUUAGCUUAACUUAGCUUAGCUUAAAGUGCGGCGCGGCUUUGAAGCCGGUUCUCAUAGCGGUCAAACAGCCGGAUGACAUCAUCAGGGUGGAUCAGUGACGCCCGGCGGCCCAAAAAAGACUUUUUGUUUUGGUUGACUGGAGUGAAAAGCAGGGUGGUCGCCGGCGGCGGCAGAGCGUUGACGUGUCAGGAUGACGGUCAGGAUGUGUGAAAACAUUCGGAGGAGCCGCACGAGUCGAUCUGUUUAUUUGGUUCUCUGUUGCUGUUCGUUCGUUAACGGUCAGGUUCGACAGCUUUUUGCUCGCGUGACGUUUUUAACAGCAGGUUGUAAUUUAUUAAAUAUUUUAAUCAGUGAACCAAAACCAUUGACAGCCGUCCCCCGGUCAUGGAAAACCUGGAAAAGUCAUAGAAUCAUACAUUUACAUUUUCCGGACCUGGAAAAGGCAUGGAGCUAAUAAAAAUCAUUGAAUGUUUUUGGAAAAUCAUGGAAAUCACGGAUGGUGUUUUGUCUAAUAUAUUAAAUGACAUUAAUGUAUCCUAACAUAAGAGUGAAUCGUUAAAGAAAAGAUUCAUUUUCUUUUGGUGAUUUUUACAGAUACGUUUUAAGAUUAUUUUUUUCUUUCUUCUUUACAAAAAUGUUGAUGUUUAUUCUGAUUUUGGCAAAAGAGUUUGAAGAGUUUUUGGGAGAUUUUUAUUUUCGAAAAUAGGUUUGUUAUGAGCUAAAUGACAUUAACGUAGCAGUGAAUUUAUUUUCUGUAGCUUCAAUUUGUGUGAUGACGUUUUGGUUGUUUUUGUUUAUUUGUUCAUCACCAAAGUUUCUUCAUUUCCUCCCGUGUUUGUCUCUUCAUGUUUUUAAAGGGAGCAGACGGCUUUAAACGGCCGACUUUUCUAUUUAUUUCACUGCUGAUUUUAAAGAAAAAGCCUUCCAAACAGGUGUUUUCUUAAUUAAAAACUAGGG